GACGGACACCACUGGCUGCAACAUGAAUGUCAUCUACCCACUGGCGGUUCCCAAGGGGCGCCGGCUCUGCUGUGAGGUGUGCGAAGCCCCGGCUGAGCGUGUGUGCGCGGCUUGCACAGUCACUUAUUACUGUGGUGUGGUGCAUCAAAAAGCUGACUGGCACAGUGUCCACGAGAAGAUAUGUCAGCUCCUGAUUCCACUGCGCACUUCCAUGCCCUUCUAUAAUUCAGAGGAAGAACGGCAGCAUGGCUUGCAGCAGCUGCAGCAGCGGCAGAAGCAUUUGAUUGAAUUCUGCUACAUGGUUGCCCAGAAAUAUCUUUUUGAAGGAAAAUAUGAAGAUGCCGUCCCAGCAGCUCUGCACUCCCUUCGCUUCCGCAUGGCCAUGCAUGGCCUGAGUUCAGUAGAGCUUGUGCCUGCUUACCUGCUGUUGGCUGAGGCCAGCCUUGGUCUAGGCCAGAUUGUUCAAGCUGAAGAAUACCUCUCGCAAGCCCAGUGGACAGUCCUCAAGUCAACUGACUGUAACAAUGCCACCUACUCUUUACUGCAUCGGAAUCUGGGACUUCUUUACAUGGCUAAAGGAAACUAUGAGGAAGCCCGUUAUCAUCUGGCCAAUGAUAUCUAUUUUGCCAGUUGUGCAUUUGGAACAGAGGACAUCAGGACCUCUGGAGGCUACUUCCACCUGGCUAACAUCUUCUGUAGCCUUAAAAAAUUGGACCUGGCAGAUACGUUGUACACUAAGGUGUCAGAGAUCUGGCAUAAGUAUUUGAAUGAUCACUAUCAAGUCCUCUCACAAGCUCGCAUCCAACAACUAGAUUUACUAGGGAAACCAUUUGUGAAUGACACCGGGUUGGAUGAAGCCCAGGAAGCAGAAGCUAUUCAGAUCCUGACUUCCAUCCUGAACUUUCGAGAAUCAACUCCUGACAAAUCUCCUCAAAAAACUGCCUUUGUUCUGAAAACUCUGACCAUGCUUUACUACCAGAUGAUGAAUUCUUCAAAGGCAUGGGCAGCUGUGACAUGUGUGCCUGGGCCACCUGGCUGAGGCUCACAGAGCACACAGCCAGCUAUGGUAUGGACAAAUCUGGGAAGGAUCCAGCUGUGACCCAUCCUUGUCUACUUCUGGACAGGAUUAGUUCCAGGCAAUGACGCCAAUGACAACAGAUGUCACUACCAGCUGGAAAACAGGUCUCCUUUGGCAAAGGACUCUGGAGACAUGCUAGCUGCUCUGCUCAGAAUGGGACCUGGCUAGUAUGCUUUUAGACAAAUUGUGGAGACAAGUCUUUCACCAAACAGUGAACAUGAAAUGAAUGCAGCUUCUGGGAGGUCAACACUUGUUUCAGAUGUUUACACAGAAAAAAUCUGAUUAGUUCCAGCAAGAACCGAAAACUUUCUUCUAAAGCCACUCAGAGCGGUAAAGGUAAGGUACGUCUUAACCUAGUUAAGGGUGAAGUAUUAUCAAUUUUCAACUGUACAAGACAUACUACUUGGGUUACAGUUCAAUGGCAUGCACCCUAUGGACUGCAUUUAAACUACAACAGUGUUGCGUGACAUUUCCGCCACAUGGAACCACUUUUCAAUUGUACAACUGAUCCUUGGUGAGAUCUGGUUUUAACUACAAUAUUUUAAGAGCCAAUUUCUACCUAAAUCUGUGAAAAAUGUAAUAGUUUAACUUUGCACUCAUUUUACAUUUACAGCAGAGGAAGUAUGCACUCAAAUGGGUGGUGUUGCCUUCAAAGUAGUUACCUUGGAAAGAUAUAUAUUUAUUUCAUGAAGCUCACCUUAUGCAGAACAUUUCUAGAACUCUGGAAACUGUCAACUUGUAAGCUUCCUCAGAUUGGUCAAUCUUUUUCCUGUCAGGGCAGAUCUAUUUUUCGAGGAUUUUUUUUUUUACAGCCCAAAGGUAUUAGAAAAUAAGUCUGAUAAAUGAAAUGGGUGAGAAGCUUUGCACUACCUUUGCAGGUGGUAUAGCAGGAGGGAGUUUAAAACAACAAAAGAAGGUCUGAUUAUAAAGUUGUGAGACUUCUUUCCUCUCAUGGCUUCAAAGAUAAUCCCAAAGAGGAAUUAUAGUGUUCUUGGCACAUGCAACAUCAUAGCUCAAGAGUAUGGUUUCCCAAGGAAAGAACUCCAGUAAUGGUAAUUCUUGAGUGCACAUGUCCUAGUGUAUUUGGUCAUUACUCAUUUUCAGUUAUACUUCAUAUAAACAGAAAUGGAAACUCCUUCACUAUGAUUUCUCCCAAGGGAGAGAUCUGAUCUACUGCUUGAAGAGUUAAAAUGAAAAGCACUUGGUGUCUUAUCUACAUGAGCUUCCCUCCCACAAUGUGCAAGGAGUAAUUGCUGAUACCUGAGUCUCCUCAGUUCUGAAAAGGGGGUAAGGACAGGUUUCUGGAGCCGGGAUAAGAGUAGACUGUCCGGGGAUCAGAAUGUGUUUCCAAUGGCUGGCCCUACCCAAAAGGCCCGCAAUAUCAACUCAUACAGAAAACCUUCUACACAACACAUAAAGUUUCAGUAGAGGAAGGAGAAGAAUGAUUAUCUUCUGGUAACUUUCUGUGGUAAAAACCCAUUGGCUUCUGGAUGACAAGCAAACAGUCUGUUGAAAAGCAAGUCCAUGGUGUUAAAUUCUAGUGCACGCUUAAGAAACAGUGUAUGGCCACCAGCCCACUGAAGCUCAUUUCCAGCUGAGGCCAAAGGCAGCAAAGGUGCAAGAAGCUGCUGGAGCUGGCAUUAGUUGAAGCAGGGUGAAUUCAGAGUGGCAAAUCAAUGUGUAGAAAGUCCCAGUUACAAAGCAGGACAUAUGCUAACCGGUAAGGUCAAAGAACACUCAAUCCCACUUUCUACAAAGUGCUUCAUUGCGAAUGCUCAUGAAGAAACGUCCUAAAACACCAUAUCCUGAGUGUUGAAGAAAUGUGGUCAGGAUGUGACUGACGGGGAGCAGAGCCUGAUCCUCUGAUAGUAUUUCAGCUAUGUAUUUUCCAAGCAUCACACACAUGCUGAGUGAAGAA